AUGCCCAACCCCAAUCGAUUCAGCUCAUCCGAGAUCACAAAGAAAAGGAUAUUAUUCGUGACAGUCGGUUCUACCCUCUUUCCAGCUCUCACAAACUUGAUCCUCUCUUCUAACAUACUGUCUUUUCUCAGUCAAAGCAUGACGGAAUUAGUAGUUCAAUAUGGUCAAGGUGAUCCGGAUUGUUCGAAUUUGACCAAGGUUCACCAGUCACUCUCAGUGAAUUCAAUAAGAUUGUUUAGAUAUACGAAUGAAUUCUCACAAAUGAUAAAAGAAUCAGAUUUUGUGGUUAGUCAUGCUGGAUCAGGUUCGAUAUUAUCAGUAUUACGUUCCCGAAAACCUCUUUUAGUUAUACCAAACCAGACACUGAUGGACGAUCAUCAAUCCGAGUUAGCACAUGAAUUAUCAAAACAUGGAUACUUAUUAGUGACUUCUGUCGAUAAUUUAUUACAAGGACUCGAACGUUUACUUAAUCUUUCUCCGAAUACUUUAGAACCUUUUCCAGAACAAGAUAGAACCGCGUUUAAGAAUAUAUUGGAUGAUACUGCUGGAUAUACUUGA